GGGUCUGCAGGGCCCCCAAAUCCUGCGGGAGAAUCGAGCGAGGGUCGGACUGCGCUCUUUUCGCCUUCAUCCCGGAUCCCUGGUCCUCAGGAGCACGCUGGGGUGGCACGAUCCUAGCUGGCACUUUCUGGUGUACAGGCGCUGUCCCAGGCGUCGUUCUAAUCUCACAUUAGCCCAUUUCCGAGUCACAGCCCCUGCUGUGCCUAGACAGGCUGAGAGACAAAAGAGCUACAUAAACUUAAUAAUGAGAGCAGUCAGGGUGUGAACUGUAACACCCUGGCUGUGGAGCCGGCAUCCCUAACCCCUGGGCACUACAGCCUCCAAGAGUAGGAAAGCCGGACAUACUUCUGAGGUCUUUAAACUGGGCUGCGCUGCUGCUGAGCGGAUUCAGUGGCUGCCCGCCGCCCUGGCCUAGGCUCAAAGAUCGUGUUGACCCCCAUUUUCAGAGCUGGCGUCUCAUGGGUCGCCAUGAUCAGGGAUAAUAGCUUAAUGGCCUCUUGCUUCAGCAGGGUCUCAGGGGCAGCCCCACUGCCUCCCUACUUGAUCCACCUUCCAGGGCACAGGAAAAAAAAAGGUGGGGUUGUGAGAACAUUCUAGGGACAAAAGGGGUGGGGUUGUAGCUUCAGCAAGGGAUGUUGGAAGCUCAGCUCUUAGGUGGGAGAAGCGAAGGAACUUGCCCACAGCAAGUGGGGGAGCUGGGAUUUGAGCCUGGAGGGUCUGUCUGUUCUUCUUUAGCCCUGCUUCUCACCCAAGGAGGAAAGAAGUGAGGGCGACUGAGUCACAGGCUUCCCGGAGGAGGAAGGGGUAGGAGGGACAUCAGCUGUGUCUGCAGGAUAAGCCAGACUGGCAGGCUGAGGAGGGGGCGGCCUCAAAGGGUCCCUGACAACCCACGCCUUUGCGUGUCCCAGCUUCUGCCCAAUUUUUGGAAGCUGGAGGGGCUUGCAGGACCAACUGGUUCAAACCAGUCAUUUUAUAGAGGAGGGAACUGAGGUGCAGAAGUAUCAGGCCACCUGCUCAGAUUCCCAGAGCGUGUUGACAGCAGAGGUGUGUCCAGAGCCCGGUUUGUCUCUGAACACUGCUGCCUCCCAGUUAACCUGCCAUGGGGAAUGUCAGCCCAAGGAUCAGAGCCUGGGCCAGGCAUUGUCACCAGGCUUUGUAGCCCCCUUGUGUUGGUGUAGCUGGACUUGGACUAGGUGUGCUCACUGUGCCUCCAGCUCUUGCCUUGUGCUACAGCUGUCCCUGGGGGUCCCAUCUCCCCUCCUGGGCUGCCAGCCACAGCUUUCCCUCUCGGAGACAGGCGUCUGGGGCAUUGGUGCCGUGACGGGUGAGCUGAUUGGAGUGAAGCCAGGAGGCCCUUUCACUCUAGUGGCAUGAUGCCAGGGUCAUGGUGUUGCCUUGGGUCCUGUAGGUUGAGAAGGACCAGCCGUUACCCAGGAGGCUUGAGCUUUUACCCUAGAGCUUUUGUUGGGGGUCAUAAAUGCCACUGGCACAAUUUAGACACAAGACCAGCCCCGCAGACUGAUCCCUUCUCCCUUCUGGGGGAAGAACUGUGACUGUGAGGAAUGUUGGCUUUGGCCACAGUAUGGGUUUUGAAUGACCCUUAGGAGAGCAUGUGAGGAGAGUUGUUUUUGGAAAUCGACUUGGCCAGGUGGGUGGUUGCCGCCUCAGCACAGAGACAUGGACAGAAGCCUGCCCGCAGAGCAGGAGGAGGAGGUCACUUCUCUGAAGGGCUGCAGCCCCCCCGAGCCUCAGGCAGGGCCACCCUGGCUUCCCACCAGGCAGUCCUCUGGACUGGACUUUGUGUAACCUGGGAGGCAGGUGCUGCUGUUGUCCCCAUUCUACAGAUGAGGAAACGGAGGCCUGUCCUGUGGUACCACCUAUUCAGCGGCAGAGCCCCGCCUCACUCCAGCCCUUCAGCUCGUAACCCAGCCCCGCACUCUGGGUCCUCACCGGGUGAUGUGGCUGCCGCUCUGCACCCACUGGAAAUCUGUGGAAGCCCGAAUUAUGCUUUCCUGGGCUUGCUCACCCUGUACCCACACAGUCCUAGUGGCUUCCCGUGCCUCUCCCACCCAGACUCCCACCCCCAGACUCUGCUGCUUGGUGUCAUUUCCAUCUGCUGCCAGCACAUCCCUGCUCAGGACCUUAGGGGCCUCCCACGGCCCCCGCAGGUGUUUAUUGGACUGUCCACUUUCUGGUCUUUAGAGACGGAAAGGAUGCAGCCUCCUGGGUAUAGGAGCAGAGCCUCGUUCAGAGUCCCUGUUUCCCACUCACCUCUCGCCACACUCUCCUAGUGCCGCACACUCUGGCUGAGGGGACCCCGCUCCCUGCACGCAUGCCGGGUGGCCCCCCCGCCUUGCCCAGCAGUCCCGUCUGUUUGAAGGCCAUCUGCUCGUUUGCCCUGCUGGCCAGCAGACCUGUUCUUCAGGGUGACGGCAGAUGCUCCGCCUAUUGGCUCUCUCUUGUGGCAUCUGUCACCAGCUGCCCUGUGAGGUUGCGUUCUUGUCCUUGUGUCCGGGUCAGGAGUGGAGAACCUCGCUCAUCUCUGCCUCUCUGCAAGCCUGGCGUGUGCCCAGCCUGCACGGGCUGUGCUGAAUAACCAGGGUGGUCCCCCGAGAGCGGAUCCGGGGGCUCUGUGUCUCAGUGUUGGCAGAACUGCUGUGGACUUAAGUGUGCUUUCCCUUGAGGCUGGAGCGACAGCGCGGAGGCGCUGAGUUGCACGUUGUCGCCAUUGUCCCGCAGCCCAGGAGGCACUUUCUUGGAUUCUCCCAGGUGAAUAGGACAUGUAUUGCCCACUUGGGGCACAGAGGAGCAAGUGAGGAGCCAUGUGGGGUCUAGUAAGGACCCCUCCCCUAUGAGGCUGUCCUGGGACAUCCUGUUGGGGUCCUGCCAGAGGCUGACUACCUGAGGGAACUAGCCUGACUCUCGGAGACCAUCUUCUAGACCCCAUUGGGCCAGCACGCGGUGCCUAGAGUCACGGGCUAUGUGCCCGGCUCUCCUCUGGGGGUUUCUCAGAGCCUGGUGGAGACUGGUUACACAUUGGCCUUCACCAGUCUCUGACAAACCCCAUUCUGCCCACCCUGCCCCCUGGGACAGGGACUGAGCCUUCCAUGUGGCACAGUGCUGGGCUCACAACAGGUGCCCAGUCCUUGGCAGGGUCCUGGGCCCAGGGCCUCAUGCUGCAGCCCUCUGAGUGGUGGGCUAGAAGUGACCCCCCGCCCUCUGCCCCCCACCAGACCUGUAGGGCCUGGCAGGGUGUCAGGCACAAACUUUGUUGUAACUAAAAGUUUGUGUUUGGGGCCAGUGGGAUGAUAACAGUUAGGGGCACGUGUUCAUCUUUUUCUUCCCCAUUGUUUGGGGCUUGUGGAGGGAUGGUUCCAGAGUGUGCAACUGCCCCUGGUUCCUCCUGAGGCACUCCUCCUAUCCUUGGCUGCCUCGGGCCUCCUCUGGCCAAGAGCACAGCACACAGGUAGCAGGAGCUGGGUUAGCACCUUCCAGACCCUCCCAGCCACCCAGCCUCUGGGGCCCAACCUUUUCCCUGAGGCAGCCUGGCCAGGACUCUUCUAAUUGUCACAGGGACAUUGUGUCUUGUCACCUCAGAUACUGUCCACCACAAAUUGUGGGUUGACCCAGAGCCUCACUGGGGUCGGAGGUUGUUGGCUUGGGGGAGAAGCGGGUUGAGGAGUUUAGGAGGGGAGCAGGGUGGGGGACAUUCCUUGAGCAAGAGCAGGACCUGGGCUGCUGGCUCAGAACAGAUUGACCCAGCAGAUCCCUGGUAGAAGUGGGUGUGGGCCCAGAGGCCAGGCCCACCUGCCUGGCAGCUGUGAAGACUGUUCGAGCUGUAAGGUCAGCCAUGAGUGCGCCCCCAGAUGUGACCCAUAAGCGCCCACAAGACUCAGAGUGGCAGGAGCCCUCAACCCCGGGCAGGGAUUACGAAGGGCUGAGGGUGACAGGAGCCAGAGCCGCUGGCCCAGGGGCCAGGGCUAAUCUCCCACCUCCCCUUCCUGUCACUCGCUUUCAAGGCCAGGCUCAUUUCCCCAGCAACAGAGCUGGAGGUUCAGGGUGGAAAUGAUGACUUCCUGGGCGGAAGGGGCUUCCGUGCCUGUCCCCCUGGACCCAAGCCUUGGCUCCUGCUUCCCCACCAUUGGUCCCUGGGGCCAGUCUCUUACUCCCUUCCUGUCUAUCUUUAUUUGUGGGCUGCCAGCUCUUUUGCUGGCUCUUCUCCAGCCAGGGUGCAGUGGGCUUCUGGGGCAAAGGAGGCUGACGGACCCAUCGUGAGGACAGCAGGGCCUAAGGGGCAAAGGAGCCUACGUCAUCACCCCUGGGGACCUGCCCCUGUGCACUGUUAAAAAGAAACCUGUAAAGCAGGUAUAAAUUAACAAAGAGAAAGCCAAGUGCUGGCAUCUCAGCAGAGCGGGUUCCCACACCGCUAGCUGCCUCCUUCCACUGCUCUUUGCACGAAGCCCAGAGACGCUGUCAGAAUGCCUCCACUGACCACCUGCCCAGCUCCGCGCUUUCCUAAGUUCUCUUGUUUGAUCUUCUCAGCAGCCUCUUUGGGGCGGGGAUUAUCAUUAUCCCUGAUGGCCAAAUGAAGGAGUGCAGUGGAGGUUCCAGGAGGUAGAAUGACUUUCCCCAAAGGCCACAUGGUGACCACAAGGCUGCACUGCCCAGUGCUGCUGUUUCUGGGUCUUGCCCGCUGACUCGAUGCUGGAGACAAGGUGGUCCCUUGUGAUCCAUCAUGAGGGCUUUGGCCUGAGCUGGGGUUGGGGCUGCUGGGGGCGCCCUCUGUGGACCUUGGGACCCUUCCGUGCGGGGUCUGGUUCCAUCCACUUCUCUCUGGGCUUCCAGUUCCCCUCCCCAUCCCCACAUUAAUUACCAGAUGUUGGGCGUUUAGCCAAGCACUGUUAGCGCUUCCCACACUUGAGGUGUCUUGUUCCCAGUUAACAGAUGAUAAGACUGAGGCUUGGAGAACUCUUGGAACCUGCCUGUGGUCAGUGGAGUGGCAAGGCCAGGAGGCAGCUGCAGUGUCAGGAGCAGGAGUUCUGCUUCCUGGGGGCAGCCUUUCUUCCAGGCCCCUGACCACCCCAGGGACAGGGUAGUGACAACCAGCGCUCUGUGUUGGGAAGCACCUUUAGUGUGUCUUGUGUCAUUGGAUCCUUGUAACAUGCAGAUGCCCUGGUUCUGGGAUUACCCCCACUUGGACGUGGGCUGAAGCUGAGAGAGGAGAAGCCCAUGGCUAGAAGCUGGCAGGGCCAGGGACUCUGGCUCCCAGAAGCGUGGGCUCAAGCUGUCUUUGGACAGUAGGGGUGUCCAUGUGGAAUAUGGCUGCCCACCCCAGCAGAGGCCCAGACUCGGAAGGCUGAAGGUGGACUCUGAGGGUGAGCAGGCGGACAGGAGCAGCAAAGCCAGGACCCCGGGGCUCAAAGAGCUGCCACUCAUCACCCGCAUUGUUUUAAUUCCUGGGAUUGGAGGGGUUUGCUGGGCAGUUGCUGUGCACCCCUCCCCCUCUCGACACCAUCCCCCAACACACAGUCAGUGAGAUGAAUGGAGGGGCCUUAAGCAUAGAUCCCUCGAUGUCUGGGCUGGGAUUAUCCUGCAGACCCCACCUGUCACCACAUGUGUGGCCUGUGCGGGCCCCUGUAGCUGGCCUGCCCUGUCCCUCUGCCAGUCAGGAUUAGCCCCUGGCUGAGCAGCUGUCUGUAGUCCCCACCCCUUGGCCUCCUUGGCCCUCGCUGUCCUGGGGGUUUCUGUGAAGCACAGGAGGCUCCUUCCAUCUGGAAGCUCCCCAGGGAGCACCAUUUGCACAGCCUGGGAACAGGCCCAGGGUCUGCAGGCCUUGCGGGGAGGGCAGGCAUCCUGGAGCUGGUCGCUGUCUGCCCCAUGGCCUGCUGGCCCUGACCCCCAUUGCCCCCAUGCCUGAGCCCCAGGACAGUGGGGCCUGGUGGACCUGGGUCCCCAUGUGGACACGUGGAGCCGAGGGAUCUGGAUGAAGCCGACGCACACCGUGGUCAACUGCUGGUUCUGCAACCAGGACACGGUAGUGCCCUACGGGAACCGCAACUGCUGGGACUGCCCCCACUGCGAGCAGUACAACGGCUUCCAGGAGAACGGAGACUACAACAAGCCGAUCCCCGCCCAGUACCUGGAGCACCUGAACCACGUGGUGAGCAGCGCGCCCAGCCCCCGCGGCCCCGCGCAGCCCCCACAGUGGGUGAGCAGCCAGGUGCUGCUGUGUAGGAGGUGCAGCCACCACCAGACCACCAAGAUCAAGCAGCUGGCCGCCUUCUCGCCAAGAGACGAGGGCAGGUACGACGAGGAGAUCGAGGUGUACCGGCACCACCUGGAGCAGAUGUACAAGCUGUGCCGGCCCUGCCAGGCGGCCGUCGAGUACUACAUCAAGCACCAGAACCGCCAGCUGCGCGCCCUGCUGCUCAGCCACCAGUUCAAGCGCCGGGAGGCUGACCAGACCCACACUCAGAGCUUCUGCUCAUCUGUGGUGAAGGCCCCGGUCCAGGUCAUCGUGCUCCGUGCCCUUGCCUUCCUGGCCUGCGCCUUCCUGCUGACCACUGCGCUGUAUGGCACCAACAACCCCUUUGCCCCUGGGGGCCCCCUGCCCCCAGCGCUGCCGCCUGGUGGCAAUGGCUCGGCCACACCUGACAAUGGCACAGCCCCUGGGGCCGAGGGCUGGAGGCAGCUGCUGGGCCUGCUGCCGGAGCACGUGGCAGAGAAGCUGCGCGAGGCCUGGGCCUUAGGGCAGAGCCACCAGGUGGGCGUCGUGACACUGGGUCUGCUCACCUGCCUGCUGGCCAUGGUGCUGGCCGGCCGCAUCAGGCUCCGGAGAAUCGACGCCUUCUCUACCUGCCUGUGGGCCCUGCUGCUGGGGCUGCACCUGGCCGAGCAGUACCUGCAGGCUGCCUCGCCCAGCUGGCUGGACACGCUCAAGUUCAGUACCACGUCCCUGUGCUGCCUGGUGGGCUUCACGGCAGCCGUGGCCACGAGGAAGUCAACAGGCCCACGAAGGUUCCGGCCUCGAAGGUACUUCCCGGGAGACUCUGCCGGCCUCUUCCCCACUAGCCCCGGCCUGGCCAUCCCCUGCCCGAGUGUCACGGGCUCUUCGCCGUCUCUGUUCAUCCCUACCCCGCCCGGCUUCCUGCCACUCGCCAACCAGCAGCUGUUCCGGACACCGCGACGGGCCUCGCCCUCCUCGCUGCCCGGCCGCCUCAGCCGGGCCCUCUCGCUGGGCACCAUCCCCUCUCUGACACGAGCAGACUCAGGGUAUCUGUUCAGUGGGAGCCGCCCACCGUCCCAGGUGUCCCGAUCCACGGAGGUUCCAGUUUCAGAUUACUUCUCAGUGCUGUCAGGGAGCUGCCCCUCCUCCCCGCUCCCUUCCCCAGCACCCUCCAUAGCCGGCUCCGUAGCCUCCAGCUCUGGUUCUCGGCGCCACCGCCGGCCCCUCAUCAGCCCUGCCCGGCUCAACCUGAAGGGGCAGAAGCUGCUGCUGUUCCCGUCGCCCCCCGGAGAGGCCCCCAACACCCCCAGCAGCUCAGACGAACACUCGCCCCACAACGGCAGCCUCUUCCCCGUCGAGCCACCCCAGGUCCUACAGAGGCAGCCCACGCGGGACAUGAAGCACACCGUGGACAUGAAGUCAGUGCCAAAAAGAGGCAGCACCUGCAGCAGCCGCUCCAUCAAGAAAGAGGACGAUUCCUCCCAGUCGUCCUCCUGCGUGGUGGACACCACCACCAGAGGGUGCGCAGAGGAGGCCACUACCUGGAGAGGUCGUUUUGGCCCCUCCCUGAUCCGGAGCCUCCUGGCUGUGAGCUUGGCUGCCAACGCCCUCUUCACCUCUGCCUACCUGUACCAGAGCCUGCGCUGACCGCCGUCCACAGCCUCCCGGCGCCCAGAGAGUCUCGGAGGGUGCGCCCAGGUGCGUGCAGCUCCCACCACUGCCGGCCUCAGAGCCCUCCCCGAGGGCUGCCGCCUCCACCCUCGUCGCCAGGGCCCUUGACCUCACCAGAUGGAGUCCUGUUGCCCUGACGCCUUCUCCCCAUCUAAUUGACUGCAGGGCUGAUCGAGGUCUUGGGGUGACACCCCUCCCCGCCCACCUCCUUGGCUGAUAUCAGUUGUGUGUUUGGUGCUGACACUCUGAUCCUGAGGCCAGGGACCCCAAGGGGCUGCAUGACCCCAGGGUCCCCUCCCCACCACCCAGUCCUGCCUGGCAGGGCUGCCUCUACUACUGUAAUGGGAGCAGGAGCCGGCCUGAGCCCUGGCUCCGCGCCCGAGGCCUGUGAUCGCCUCUCUGUACUGUACUCCCCUGUCCCACCGGGCGCCUUGGGCUCCUUGGGGGAGGAAGGAGGGAUGGUCUGGUGGAGAAUCAACCUCCCCAGGACAGACCCCUUGAGGAUCGGGCACCUCCGUCCUUGUCCUGGCCCUUCCUGUAGGCUGUAGGCUAGGCCUGCCCUCUGGCUCUUCAGUUCCUGGGUCUUGAGGGCUUGGCUGGACUAGUGUAAGCACCCCCAAGGCUCUUCUGUCUACGUGUGCCCCCAUUUUAUUACCUCUGGUGACCUUCCCCAGCAGCAGCCCAGUGACCCUGAGAACACUACCCAGGACCCUCCCCACCCCAUUACCAGGCCCCUCCCCCAUGCACUGUCCACGGGGGCCUUGCUUGACCCCUCAGUCUAUGGGUCUCAGAUGAAACUGGACCCCCUGCCCCCACCCUGCUGUGAACUCAGCUCCUCAGCCACUGAGCCCCCACUUCCCUCGCUUUCAUUCUGCCAUCAUGUCACGGUGGGCUCAGCGUGACCUCCAUCUGUCUCCAGGCCACCUCAGCUGGCCUGCUUCCUACUCCCCAACCCCAUCCUGCCACUGCCCUCCUGACCGAUACUGCAGGUUUGCCCCCACCCUUGUGCUGGGGUCCCAUCCUGCCCACCCUCAACCCAGAGGAGGAAAGAGGGACCUCAGCCUGGCACAGGGACCCUCAGAGUGCUGUGAGGAGUGAGAGACUGUGUGUCUGUGGACGUCAGAACCCGCAGUCCCCUCUGCCCUGGGCCCUGGACACAGGUGUGGCAGGGCCCAGGGCAGCGUGCAUGCACACUUGUGCGUGUCAGUGCACCUGUCUGUGCCCCUUGGGGAGGAGUCAGCAGCCUCGGGGGAGGGUUAUGAGGGCAGGGGAAGGGUUUUCACUCUCAUUCAGGGAUAAAGUUUAAUUUUAUUUUUCUACACAUUUUUGCCAGGUAGGCAUUCUGUUGAUAAGCAGGAUGCCCCCAAUUCUCCCUGCCAGGGAGGUUUAGUUUUUUCAAGCUUUGGGUGCUUUUUUAGUAAUUUUUUUUACCAUGUGGGGAAGGGGAUUGCUCUGACUUCCCCCUACUCCUGGGAGCUACUGUUUCCUGCCCCGUCCCCCACCCCAGAACAUGGGGAACUGGGGGGCCAGGGGCUGUACCAGGCCCCUGAGUCCAACUGCCAGAAAUGGUUCCAACUCGGAGGUGGUGCCUCUUGGCCCCCAUUUGUAUAGUGGGUGUGUGUAUUGAGUUUUUUAAUUUUACUGUUUGCCUAACCAAGCCAGACUCCAUUCCCAAAUGCCCUCCCUCUCUGGCCCUGAGGAAGCCCUGACAGAGUGCCCAGCUCCCUCCUCUCGCGCCCGGGCCAGCGCGGCCCCUCCUGCCCAGGUCCAGGGGUCCCGGUGCCCCUAAGGGCAGUGGGGAGGCUGGGCGGGGAGGGGUUUACUUAUGUUUUCUUUCAAACAAGAAACACAACCUUAUUUUUCUUUACAAAAGUUAAAAAGGAACCAAAAAGAUACCAACCUUUGAACUAUA